AUGGCGCAUGUGCUAUGUUCAGCUUUCAGAGCCUCUGCUGAUGAUUUUACCAGGCGUGCGAGCGCCAAGAACCAUCUCUUCAAAGGGAGUGAACAGCCGGUGAAGGAGUAUGAUUGUGUCCUAAUUUAUGAUGAGGAACUGGAAGCUUUAGAUAUGACAAGAAAGUCUACAUCUGCAACAACAACUCCUACAGCACAGCUUAAAGAUGCGGUAGAUUUGGAGAAAGAACUAGAACGUGAUCUUUUAGGGCUUUCAAAUGCUGAUGGUGAGGCCGUGGAUGACGUCACGGGGCAAAGGCAAGAGGAGGAGGAGGAGGAGGAGGAGGAAGAAGAAGAGCGCGAGGAGAUUGAGAUACCUCCUCAUAAAGCUCCUUCGCCACCUCCAAAACCUAAAGUGUCUCGCCUUGCCGCUCCACCUCCAAAGAUGCACGAGUCUGAACCGAAGCCAAAAACCAAACCCAAGGAAGUACCGAAGGCGAAGAGAGAAACCAAUACGUAUAGAGAAGAUUCCGGCUUGGAAAAGGUUCUUGAUUUUGGUCGCCCCGCUCGUCCUUCAAAACGUCCAAAGCCGUCUGUCUCGACCGGACUAGCCUUGCCAGGAACAAAGUCUUCUUUCGUGCCUCCUGCUCCUCCCACAAAGCCUGCAGCAGCAGAAUCGGACUCAGAAAAAGACUGGGAUGAAACCACCCACAAUGGUCCAGUGGAAGAAGAGAUAGAUCUUGACGCCUUCGGGCGAGAUGGAAGCAGAACUCGAAGAAUCCGACGAUGA